AGGGGGAAGCGGGCGGCUCAUCGAUGGGGAGGUCUCAGUGACGCGGCGCAGCCUACCUGUUGGAGCUCUUUGCGGGACGCUGCCGUGCCGGUACCCGCGCUGAUCGUGGAUCUAACUGGGGGGGGGGGGAUAAAGGAUGACCAGCCCGAACAUGGGUCCUAGACUGCUGCUGCUCUGCGCUGCCCUGGCCGUGUACCACGGGACGCGAACAUGCAGUGGAUUUAACGUCGAUGUGCGGUUUCCCGUGAUCAAAAAUGGCAAAACCAACGGGAGCUUCUUUGGUUUCUCCGUGGCGCUGCAUCUGCAGACGAAGGGCUCCAGAAAGUACCUGCUUCUUGCAGGAGCACCCAAAGAGAAGGCUUUAUCUCUACCGAAUGUCAACGAGACGGGGGCUGUCUACUCCUGUCCCAUUACGAUAGACCCCAAUGACUGCUCCAGAAUGGACCUCGUUAGCAAAACGGACCCAUCUGAGAUGGUGGAGGGCAUGUGGCUGGGCGUGACAGUGGCCAGUCAGAGGGGCCCUGCGGCGGGCCGCGUACUGGCAUGCGGGCAUCGCUACGUGAAGAUCAUCAAAGGUGGCAACGAGGAGCAACGGCGGAUGGUAGGAAAGUGCUACGUCAGGAGUAAUGACCUGACCUAUGACGGAAACGACCACUGGCAGGAAAACAACGAGAUCUGCAACCCCACCUUUAACAUGGACUUCGAGGGCAUGUGCAACCUGGGCAUCUCAGGCGGCAUAACAGAGACUGACGUCUACGUCGGCACUCCAGGCAGCUUCCUGUGGCAAGGAAAUGUUCAUGUGACGUGGAGAGACCCAGAUCCAGAGGCCUGGGACUCCAGAGACAAAGAGAUUGGAAAUCAGAACAGACGAAACAGUUAUAUGGGUUAUUCAGUUCUUGAGGAAAAGAAGCUUCUGAGCCAUGAUGAAUAUACACUGGUGACAGGAUCUCCCAGGAACGAAUCCAAGGGCUCUGUGAUGUUCGGGACAAUGACUGGUGAUGCAAGCAUCAAUCCGGGGCUCGUCAUCCCCGGGGAACAAGUGGGCUCAUACUUUGGGAGCAGCCUGGCUGCCACUGACCUCAACAAUGACGAUUGGAAUGACCUGAUCGUGGGUGCCCCGUUUUACUUCGACCGGAUGAAGGAUCAGGGGGGAGCAGUGUACGUCUUCAUGAAUGAGAACGGAUCUUUCGAAAAGACCGCGACCGUGGUGCUCAAGGGUCCAUCGGCCUCUGGAUUUGGCCUUGCAGUGGCUGCCAUUGGGGAUGUCAACCAAGACGGCUUCCAAGACUUUGCUGUGGGAGCACCAUUCCAUGACACCGGGAAAGUUUACAUAUGGAUGGGAAGCAGAGAGGGAAUCUCACCGGAGCCCAGUCAGGUGAUCGAGGGUGAGUCAGUGCAAAAUGGAGGGUUCAAGACCUUCGGCUACUCCAUCAAUGGAGGCAUGGACAUGGACGGCAACAGUUACCCUGACAUCUUAGUCGGCUCGCUGGACGACCGCUUGGCCCUGCUCAGGGCUCGACCAGUCAUCCACUUAACUCAGCAGGACUUCACUGUUGAGCCACACCUCGUCGACCCUAAUCAGUGUGGAGCUACACCAUGCAUUACAGCGACCCUGUGCAUGUCCUUCACACUGAGCAAUGGAAACAAAGAUUUCAAGAAAAAUAUCACGGUGAAGUACACAGUGGAGGCCGACAUGGAGAGGAGAAGCCCUCGUGUUCGUUUUGAGGGCGGUAGUGACACGUAUACCGGCCUCAUGAGCCUGCCAGCCUCCAAAUCCACAUGUCACAGUUUUAAACUGAACAUUGUGGUGCCUGUCAAGGACAAACUGGAGCCGGUGGUCUUCUCCCUCAACAUGUCCUUAAAUGAACAAAAGCCUAAACUCAGAGGUUCCCUGCAGAACCUGGACUCCUUCCCGAUUUUUAGCAAGGAGCAGAAACUCUCUCAAAGAACUGAAAUUCACUUUCAGAAGGAGUGUGGCUCUGACAACAAAUGUAGCAGUAACCUGCAGGUGAAGGCCAAGUUCGUGGACAAAGACAAUAAGCCUUACCCAAGGCAGGACAAAGCCCAGGUACUCCAGUUCAACAGCAACAUGAAGACUAUCAGGCUGCUGGUGAAUGUGACCAACUUUCCUAGUCAAGGGAAGCUGGCUGAGGACGCCCAUCAGGCCAUGCUCAACAUCACCAUCCCUGAAGCACUGAGAUAUUCUGGCGUCAGGUCUGAUGACAGCGACGUGCAAUGCAGCUUGGAAGAAACGGUGAUUUGUGAGCUGGGGAAUCCACUCAAAGGCAAUGAAAAUGUGACACUUGCCCUCAUAUUUGAGACAUCGGGGAUCAAUCUGUACACGCAGAAGAUUGAGUCCCAGCUGCUCCUGUCAACUCUUAGUGAACAGACUGACCUGAAGCCUAAGGCUGUGAUCUUGCUGAUUGAGAACACCAUCGAACCCACAUUCAGCAUAGUGAAACAGCAGGUGCUGACCAAAUUUGGUGGGACGGUGAUGGGCGAGUCGGCCAUGGUCAACACCAGUGACGUGGGCAGCCUGGUGGAGUUCACCUUCAACGUGAACAUGAGGGGACAGCCCCUGGGAGACAUGGGGACCCUGGCUGUGGAGUUCGAGUGGCCCUUUGAGGUAGCCAACGGCAAGUGGCUGCUGUACCUGACGAAGAUUGUAGUUGAGGGAGAAUCAGAGAUGGAAUGCAACCCUCCUGGAGAGAUUGUCAACUUGCUCAACCUCACUUUGUCAGGAGGCGGACGGACGCGCACUAAACGGCAGAUUGUGGUGGACGAUGAUAUGAACCAGCCACAUAUAAUCGAGCCACAGGCAGCCAUCAGGCUCGGUCCACGCAAAGAAUCCUACUUGCUGGCAUGCGCCGAGGGAACAGCUCGCUGCGCCACGUUUACCUGUCCGCUGCACAACAUGACGGAUUCGGCCAAGAUUUACGUCCGCUCCCGUUUGUGGAACAGCACGAUGCUAGAGGACUAUAACAACGCCCUGAGAGUCGUGGUCAAGGGUCAAGCCACACUGAAGCUCAUUACAGAUAAACCGACCAUCAAGAUGGAGCGUAAGACCACCGAGUUCUCAGUAGAAAUAGAGCCAGUGGAGGGGGUGGAGACUCCGUAUGAGCUCCCACUAUGGAUCAUCAUCUCUGCAGCUGUAGCGGGAAUCCUACUACUCGGAAUAAUCAUUCUUAUACUUUGGAAGUGUGGCUUCUUCCAGAGGGCCAACAGGAGGGAGAUGUAUGAGGCCAAAGCCCAGAAGGCUGAGAUGAAGAUCCAGCCCUCUGAGACAGAGAGGCUGACUGACGACUACUGAGGGGCCCCAUGGGUCCCCCAACAGCACACACCAGUGGGGCUUUUGGCUUGGAUUCUUCAAGCGAGCCAUCUACUAUCGGAUAAUGCCAAAGCACCGGGGGGUGAGAAUUCGCAAGGCCGAGCGCUAUCAGUUCAAUCUAGGAUAUCAGCCUGAGGAGCCACAGAAAAAGUACUGGAUCACCAACUGGACAGAGAUGCAGCAUUACUACUACUGAGGACUGUACUUUGGACCAUGAGCCACUCACCGUCAUGACGGUUUGACACGGGCCAAACUGAGAACAUUGGGCUCGGCUGCGCCGUGUGGACCAAUUGUGAAUCAUGCAUUCAUUUAAAAAUUUUUUUUUUUUUUUCACUUAAGAAGAUUUCAACUUUUCAGUGCAAUAUACUGAACAUUUCAGAAACUGUAAUUUGUUGCGUAGUUUGUCAUGAUUGCAGCGUUGUACAUUGGAAUCGGGGCUGCAAUCAAGAGUAAAUAGUAAAUGUGAUUACGUUGCAGGUUUUUAUGUGAUGAGCUUGUUGUUCAUACGUCUUCUUUUCCUAUCUGAGUCAUCUGAGCUGAGUUGCCGGUCAGUCACCCUGUUCUUUUCCACCAUCCAUUUUCCUCUCUAAUCAGAGGAGUGAGUCUAUUGAUUUCUCUCUGUGACUGUAUACGUCCGUCCCCAGGCAUCACUUUGUGGUCACUGGCGGUAGGCUAUGUCAGGCUUUCAAAAAUGGAGUUACGGUGGCGGUACUGAUGUUGUAUGCAAAAAGUGAAAAUUUUACAAAGCUAUGGCGAAAAAGACGGAGAGGUACGCAGAAAAAAAUGUACUCAUUGGUGAAAACUACAUUUCAUAGUCCACACUGAAUUCCUCCAGUCCCUCCUGCAACAAGUCGGAAAGCAAUAGCUCUGUAUGUCUAUGUUAAUUCUCACCUGAUUAUUAUUUAUUACACUGUCUUGUGUUAUUACAGCAAAGGAUAUCUUUAAUAAUAUCACAUACAGGGAGUCAUGACACUGGAUUAAAUAAUAAACGAUGUUAACCGUGUCUGGAGACUGCAAGCUCCGGCACAGAUGAAUUGUACAUAGUGACAAUAAGUUGGAUCGACUAAAUGAAUGCAUACGUCAUCGGCCUUUGUUGUUUCGCCAUCCCUCGGCUUUUUUGUACAAGACAGACACUGAGCCGACACUUGGAUUUUCUCCAAACCAUCGUGUCCCCCCCCCAUCUAGGUACAACCUGCAGCGCCAAAAGUCGACCAGACAAGCGAGAGGAGACAGCUACUGAUCGGUCCCUGAUGGGACCAAGAGUUGCAUUACCGCUCUAGUCUGUGUUACCUGAGAGCCCACAGGUCGUGACUGUGGCUGCUACAGAGGCUCCAUUGACUCUGGGAGUGAAGAGGGAAGGGCUGAAACCAAUGCACAAACUCUGUUCUCUGUGGUGGUGUUGUUCUUUACUGUGCCGUUUCAUUGUAAUUAAAUUGUUUUUAUCAAC